CCAAGAAAAAUUAAUGGGAAAACCCAGGUUUUAGAUCAGCAUGCGCAAUGGCAAAUGGAAAAUGCAGUGUCUGAGCUGCCCUUAGGGAUAGCGAUGCGAUAGCCAGACCUCAUUCUCUAAGGAGACUGCAGCAAGCCAACUAGGACUCAAGGCAGCUGUUAACGAAGUGACUGCCUGCAUCAGGAACCAAGGAUGAGGGGCCCCGCAGGCGUCCUGCUGUGCUUGUUGCUGCUGGCGGCCCCCCACUGCACAGAGGUGGCUGCCCAGGAUGACGAGCCUGACCCCAAAAUGCCAUGCGCCAAGUGGAUGGGAGGAGCACCUGGCUACCCUGGCCACAACGGGCUCCCUGGUCGGGAUGGGAAAGACGGAAAAGAUGGACUAAAGGGAGAAAAAGGAGAUGCAGGUGCACCGGGUCCCACAGGUGUGCCAGGCGCGAUAGGACCCCCAGGGUUGACGGGACGUCCUGGAGCUCCCGGAUCCAUGGGGAUGAAGGGAGAGAAGGGUGAAGGUGCUUUUGUCCACCGCUCUGCCUUCAGUGUAGGGCUGACGGAGCGCCCCCCUGCCCCCAACAUCCCCAUCCGCUUCAGCAAGAUCUUCUACAACGAGCAGGGCCACUACGAUGCCAGCACCGGCAAGUUCCUCUGCAAUGUCCCUGGCACCUACUACUUCGCCUACCACCUCACGGUCUACCUGGCAGAUGUCAAGGUCAGCCUCUACAAGAAGGGCAAGGCCGUGAUCAUCACCUAUGACCAGUUCCAGAACAACAACGUUGACCAAGCGAGUGGCUCUGUCUUGCUGCACCUCAGCUCUGGGGAUGAGGUCUGGCUUCAGGUGUAUGGGAACGGGAACAACAACGGGGUCUACGCUGACAACGUCAAUGAUUCCACGUUCAUGGGCUUCCUCCUGUACCCCGACAUGGGUGACUAUUAAUGUAGGGGGUGCUGCACAAAAAUGGGUGAAGUGGCUUAAACCCCAGACGGCGUCCUGGGGCACUGGCACUAUAGCUAUAAUGUAUUUACCAUGAAAUUGCCUUUUGCAGGGGCAAUGAUUGCCAAGGGUGGACCCCAUCUCCCGUGAAAUCAGGGAGAUUGUAUGAGUACUUCCAUGGGACCAAGGGCUCGCUCCUACCUCUGCUCUUGGUCUCCUUGUGGAAAGCUCAGCCCGAAGUCAGACGCCUCUCCUGUCAUAUAAUGAAAAAGUAACUCUAAAUGUGACUUAAUCUUUUUUUUUUUUUUUUAAAUUUAAAGUGAGAAGAGAAAAAUUGAUUAAAUAUAACAUUUUAAAUUUCCCUUUUUUUUUAACCACCUAAAUCCAUCUAAAGUAAUGGCAGAUAUUUUAGCCAGCGUUUUAAAAACUGACUAAAAGAAGAGGAAGAAAACUAUUCAAAAAAUCAGAGUGCUUGUUUUCAUUUGGAACAGACGGCUCCAUUUUUUCCAUCAUAACUCCCUGUAUUAUUAGGCCCUUUGACUUCCACCCAUGGUUUAUUGUCUCUCUUCUUUAGCCUAGAUCUUUGAAUAUAUUCAGAUUAUUAACUUCCAUUUAUUUUACUCCUUUGAUUUUCCUUUUAUGUUUACCUCUAUCAUUAUCUCUAAUGCAGACAGCAGGCUGGUUUAGGGCAGGAAUCUUGUGAUUUAUCUGAGAAGCCUUAUGAACACGGUGAGGCCACACAAAAGCAGCCCAUUGACCACAUGGCUUUGGGGUCCCAAGGCAAUCACAGACAUGUUGGCCACACAGAUCCUGUCCCAUCUACCCUCUGAAUAUCUCCUGAGUGCACUCAGAAGUUGAGAUCAAUCAACUGUGUUCCUACUUUUCCAUGAUCUAAGUGUGCCAUAACCAGUGGUUUGCACAGAGCUUCAGGUGGUGGUGAAGCCUCCAUGUGGAGUGGGCUCCUGGAUGAAACCCCAGGACCUGCCCCAGCUCUGGGCAAGCUUACCUUAACAGCAGAAGACUAUUAAGGCUGGAAUUAGUAGCAAUCCCAUUCAACUGCUCUCCCAGGAGCUUGCCUGACUAUUAUCUGAAAGAGGAUUUGAUGGUUUCUCAGAUACAUUCAAAGCAGACUCCUACUGCCAAGCUUCAGAACAAGUAACACUGAUCUGAGGUAAUGCAUUAUUACAAGCACAAAACAGCAUCAAAAGCUUCAGCUGAAAUUAUUUCCAACAGCAGCAUUUUCCACACUCCAGUGAAU